AUGGUUCCGAUGGCUCGUACCACAGAACUGGAAUUAGCCCGUCCUCGGGCUGCCGACGCCCCUCGCAUCGCAGCGAUUCAUCUCCGUGCCAUGCAGGCCAACCCCCUGUUGUGGGCGCAGUUCCCUUCGGAAGAAAGCCAGCAUGAGCUAGAGAAGUUUUUGACGGGGUACUAUGCUGCUUUUUGCUGCGGGGAUGGCACGAGAUAUGGGAACGUGGGCGAACAAGUUUCUGCUUUGGCUGAGGAUCAGACCUUGAUAUCUUGCUGUCGGGGGAGUACGGGUUUUGGGAACGCAAACGUUGGAACCGGGGACCAAACUAUCAGCCUCACUGAAGAUGAAAACUCGGAGUCAUGCUGUGGGGGAGGUGCUGGGUUUAAGAAGGCCAGCAACGAAGGCGGAGACCAAACUCUCGAUCUCGUUGAGGAGCGACAAAGCUCGUCCUGCUGUGGUGGUAGCACGAGCUUAAAAGUAGAAAGCAAAAAUAACAGCCAGAAGCUUCCUCUGGCUCCAAGUCAAAGCACGGAGCAGGAACCAGGGUGUGCGGAUAAAGAAAAUGGACUCCUAGUGGCCCGUGACAGCAGGACCGGCGAGGUGGUUGGAUUUGUCAAGUGGGAUGCGCCAAACCACAACAAAAAUGAGGCCGAUCUGGAGAGCACAAAGGAAAAACUCGAAUCUGGCGACAUUCGAAAUAUCGAGGGCUGCCGACCAGAAUACCUCGAAGGUUACGCCAUGGCCGCAGAAGCGGUACGAAAGAGGGCCUUCGGAGACCGAGAGUGUUAUAACCUGAAUUUCCUCUGUGUCGACCCCGCUCACCAAUCCCGCGGCGCCGGCACUCUCUUGACGCGCGCCGUUCUCGACCGUGCCGCCCACGCCCGUCUGCCCGUCUACCUGGAGAGCACCGAGUCGGCCGUGCGUAUGUACGAGCGGCUCGGCUUCCAGAUCCUGGACAGCUUCGACAUGGAGAUACCCCGCCGGGGGACCAGCAAGGAAGGAGAAGGAGGCGUGGUAGGGGGAGGCUUUCAGGUCUACAAGGAAUGGUGCAUGGUGUGGGAUCCCCCGAAAGUACCCAAGGCUACAUCCGACGACGCUACGGGUACCGCUCCCGCCUGA